AGCCACAAGUGGCGGCGGGUGGGGCGAGCCGGAAGUGACGUAUUCCGCGCGACGUGGGCGGGGCUUCGGGUCUUUUUCCGGGGAGAUCAGCCGCUCGCAUGGAAGCAAAGACCCUGGGAAGUGCAACGCCCAGAAAGCCUGUCUUAUCUGUCAGCGCGAGAAAAAUUAAGGACAAUGCAGCUGAUUGGCAUAAUUUAAUCCUGAAAUGGGAAACCCUCAAUGAUGCAGGCUUUGCUAUUGCAAAUAAUAUCGCCAACACGAAAAUCAGUUUAUUGAGUAAAGACGAGGCCGAGCUGGAGAGCGGCAGCCCGGCCUGCGACGGAAAUGCAGAGCGGAGGCCGCCAGGGUACAGCGCGGAGCUCGAGGCGCUGUGCGAGGAGCUGCAGGCCACCGUGGCCGGUUUGACAAAAAUACAGGUGAAAAUGGAAAAGCUGUCUUCAACUACCAAGGGGAUCUGCGAACUGGAGAAGUACCACUACGGGGAGGACGGCAGAGGGGCCCCCCUGUUCCACACGUGGCCCACGGCCCGCUUCUGGGGACUGGCAUGUUGCAGACGAGGUUGCCCAGCAGCUCUCGGCCAUGUACCAGGAGGAGCUCCUCCUGAAGCGCACCAUCGUCGGGGAGCUGGCGCACACCGCCGACCGCGGCCUCGCCCUGACCUACCUGUCCCUGUGGCUGCACCAGCCCUGCGUGCGGAGUGACAGCAAGCUGCUUCUGGAAAGCAUGCUGCUGGAAACCGGGCACCGAGCUCUGUGACCUCCCACCACGGCUGCACGUGGGAUUUCCAAGCGCCCCCCCCCCCCCCCGCACGGCAGGCUUCUGCAGCCCCUGCUCGGACCAUCCUGCAGGUGCGACCCACGCCCGUAUCCCAGCGCCACGCCCAGGCUUCGGAACGGCCACCCGCCCACCUUCUAGGGUCUUCCAGACGGGACCGUUUCACCAGCUCCCCACGGCCUCUCCAGACACACUCGUUAACUGGUCACUCAGUGUCAUCUGUCCCUGUUGUGAACCUGUCACCCGGUUUUGUAAAUCAGGUGUAUUUUAUGUGGAUCACAUUUGUACAGCGAGUCCCUGGUCUAGUAUUUAUACUUUAUACUUGUCUGUACUGUUUGAAUUUAGGGGCUAUAUUAGUUUUGUAAUUACAGCUGAUGUUUAAAAUACCACAGGGUGACCUGGGCAUCGAUGGCAUCAUGGAAAAGAACAUCCUCUAUAAAAAAGUGCAUGUCUGCCACCA